UUAUCAGAAUAAGACGUAAGGAUUCUCUAGCCUAAGUUUAUCUAUCAGUAAUUGUUUGACACUUGACACAGAAGCCAACUUUCCCAAUCAUGAAGGUUCUAGUUCUUUCACUUCUGGUGGGUGUCUGUAUCGGUGGACUUGUGGAACGCAGCAUUCUUGAUGUUUUGAAACAACUCCAUCUGCAGACAUUUCUAACAACAUUAUCUGUGGACCAGCAGUUAUUACUAGUAGAUUUGGUUUCACACGCUGAUGCCGGGAAUUUGACGAGUUUCAUUGACACCAUUGGAUACUCAAGAAUACUUGACAUAUUGAUUUCACUAAGCACUAGCGAUGAGCAUACCCUGAAGACCUAUAUCAUGCAACGAUUAACACUAGAAGCUCAGGGUCCUAUUAAUGCACAUCACGGUGUAGCGACGGGACACGGAAACAAAUGAGUAAGCAAUUACAAUGAUUAGUGACUGGACGACUUUUGAAAUAUUGCAGCAACCCAUACAUCAGAUGUUAUAUGUUUGUUUUACGUAGAGAAAUGUUUCGUAAUCCCAAAAACUAUUUGCAGUGUUGUUAUCAAUUAAUUUAUCUCUUCAUGUAAACUGCCAGCUCACUCCUUAACCACGGGGUAUAAGAUAAAAAUCAAGUCAACUAUGUGGUUAAUGUUGGGUAUUCCUAAGUUGCACAUCUUUGUAAACACGCAUUUAAUGAAAAUACAAUCUAUAGAGAAUACUUUAGCGACAGUGUGAAAACAAAUGGGGGUGAGGAAGUAUUGCGAUUCCAAAGAGUUACAAACGGUGAAUACCAAAUAAAUCAUUGAAGGAAUUAAUGUUGAAUCAAAAUGAUGAAUCCAGCUAAUAUAGUUUGUUUGGUUAUAUGUAAACAAAUCUCAUGUCCUGCAUUAACCCAAACUCAAAUUAAAAUAUGCUUUGGU